AUGGCUCCGCUCAGAGGUGAUUCUGCCCCCCUAGCCCCAUCUGCCCCAAGUGAAGGCAAGUCUGUCGCACCUAUCCCAACAUUAUCCCAUGUGAGCAUGCUACAUUCGUUUGAUGAACAUCGUAUACCAGCUUCCGCUGUCGAGUCGCCGUCCCCCUGGCUCUUGGAUAUGACCGUGCCGCGCGUGUCAUCACCUGAGCUCGAGACGGAUAUCAGUCGGACCUCAUCGACGUCGACGAAGCACUCGCUUUCCGACUCGAUGACAUCAAAUCAGUCCGUCCACACGGCGCACUCGGGCGACGAUGUAUCCGAGCCGCCGCCCGUGCCAAGCAAAACCGACUCACGACCUGACCAUCCCGAGUCUGGCUCUCAGAUGCGCACGCACGUCAAGCGUCUGCAUGCGCUUCUAGAGCUAGCUGAAACCGAGGCCAACUACGUGAAGGACUUGGACGUAUUGAUUCAUGUAUUUUUCAAGCUGCUUCCGACCGUGCCGUACCUAGCUGAGGAUGCGUCGCGUCUACGUACCGUCGUCCGCAACGGUCCGCAAUUGCUGGAGCUGCAUCGCGAUCUUGAUGCGCGUUUGCAACGGAUUAUACAGAUGCAACGAUUGAAUGAUGCAUCCCUCUCUGAGCUGGUGCGCGCUCAGAGCCCCGGUCACCAGGAGGCCAUCGCGCUCUUUGCCGAGGCUUUUAUCGACUUUGCACCGCGUUUCCAAAUAUACUGCGAAUUUUGUUCUAAGCACAAGGAGGCUUUGGAGCUGAUUGAUGCUGUAGAGCACAGGCCCGAGUGGGAGACCUACCAAGCGCGCGCAUCAGAUGCGGUGGGGUCCCGUGACGCUGCAUCGCGGAAGCGCUUGCAGUUUCGUGACUUUUUCAUCAAGCCCAUUCAGCGCGUCUGCCUAUACCCUAUUCUCAUGCAGACGAUUCAGCGAUACACGGCGCCCGAUGCGGCUGUCAGGCUGGGCGAGGCCAUGGCGUGCAUGCGACGCAUUACAUCCGAUGUGAAUGCGGCGAGUGCGGAGCGACACGCGCGUUUGCUGUCGGACAUGAUCGUGUCGCGCAUGGAGCCGAGUCUCGAGCUGUCGCCUUCGUUCCUGCCCUCACUGGGCAACUGCCGCAUGACAGGCAACCUUGGUGUGCUCUACCACCAUUCGACAUGGGCGCCACUUACAUGGCCCCUCACGACCAAGUACUAUGGCUGUGUGCUGUACGCCGACUUUGUCAUGAUGUUCAAGGUGCGCAAAACACACACCUACGAGCCGCGCUACUGGUUCCCGCUAGCCGAGGCCAAGCUCAAGCGCAGCGACGAACGAAGCGUCCGUCUGCCCCACUUGUUCCGCAUUUCGGUGCGUGGCCACCACUUUGAGCUCAUGGCGUCGACAGCGAAAGAGCACAACCUGUGGCUUGAUGCCUUUGCCAAGGCCAUAGCCGACGGUCCAUCGCCCAUGCGCCGUGUACACGGCAUGGACGUGCCCUUCCCAUGCAACUUGGCGGACAAAGGGCCCGCAGCGCCGACGUCGUCGGACCAAGACGAUGAUCCACUUGCGCGGUACCUGGACGAUGUCGGCGAUGCAGCGCCCUCGCUGCGUGGCCAGGUGCUUGUGCGGCACAAGUCGCCGCCGCGUCGGGCGGCGAUGGACCGCGGCAUGGUGUUUUCUGAUGCAUGCAUCUCAGCGCGAUCAUCGAUCGAUGGACAUGACUGGGCCGCCCGCUCUCACAGUGCUCGGGUGGGUCUGCACCGACUGAGUGGUAGUGAGACGGUCUCGCUCCGGAUCAGCCCAUCGUCGGCGACCGACGCGCCGCUGCCUUCGCCGACCACGCGUCUCAUGCACGCUAACAGCACCGAGUCCCUCCCUGGUCCUCGACGCAUGGAUGCAUCGCAGCGUCGCUUGUCCGUGUCGAGUUCCCCAGGUGGGCCGCUGGCGCCUGCGUCACCGGCUGGCUUGCUGCCGCGGUCCCAGUCGAUGAUCGGGCGCACGCUGCAGGGCUGGCUCACGCCUAGCACCACGCAGCUGCCGAUCAAGGCGGAAGAGCUGUCGAGGGCGCUUCUUGAGGCAUGCACGCCUGAGCCUGCGGCACCGAUGCGACUGCACCGCGGGCGGUGCUCGUCCAUGGACAUGCGCGCCGAGGCAGCGCCGACGCGUACGAUCAUGCGCCGCCGGUCGUCGACCUCCAUGUCGCGGCGGCCCGACACAUCUGCGCCGCCCAGUCCGCAUCGACGCCUGGCCCAGCGCUUCCUGCAGCGCCACCGCCUGUCUACCAUGGACGUGUAG